AUGAUGCCGCCAACACGAGUGAGUGCGAUCUUCUCCCCCGCCUCGGCCUUCGCCGCCGCACCUACCGCCACCUGCAGCUGCAGCUGAAACCCUCUCGGACUUGCGGCUGACUCGUCCUACCGAUCGAACCUAGUGAACGAGAAGAUGAAGGAGAUGGGAAAUUCCGUCAGCAAAGAGAACCAUCAAAGCGAAGCCAAGGAUGAUUCCAAGAGUAUGAGCGAUCCUACCUUCGGCGUGAGUACGGGAUACAAGGUCGCACCAACCGCAGCCCCUAGCCUCUAAAGGGUCCCCAUCCCGAUCACGCGGCUCAAGACAAGACCAACGAGGUGUCUCAUGGCUCCAAGGCACUUUCCCACCUUUGAUACAUGUAGAGGUCGCACGAGUGGCUUCGACUGGCCGGGCUGCGCAUACCCGGCUCUCACUUCGUGUCCUGUCGCACAGGCCUAGACCAAUCUGUCUAUAUCGUGGGGGUGAGGUUUUCUUUCUUUUUUCUUUUUUUUGGAAUUUCUAAAUCUCUUUCUUCCACUUGAUGACUCACAUUCAUCCUCCUCUUCUAUCAUCGCGAUACUAGAGUUCCUUCGAUCGGUCGUACGACCGUGGUCUCUGGUCUGUGCUCUGUAUCUCUGGCGUCGGGCUUUUCUCACCAAUUCGUUCUCGAUCUCGUUCUCGCAUCCAUCAGUGUUCCCAAUUGCAAUCAAAAACGUCCCCAUUCGUUCCUGUGUACGGAUUCACUGCCAGCCGCUAACUUCUCUCGAAGCCGAGAGUCCACAUGAAGGACCACAACGACUGUCACAAGUGUUGACAAGCAUUCCCCAGUAAAGUUUUGCGAAUACGAAACCAUCAAGAUUGCACAUUCUUUCAAACGAGAGGUCACAUACAACCCAAGAAGGAGAAGAAGAACAAGAGGGAGAAGCCAAAGGAGCUGAAUGCUACAGCAAGGGAGCGGGUUCAACACGAUGUACCAGAGCAAAGAGGGGGAGGAAGAAGAAAAGACGAAACGGUCUAUUGCGCGGAAGAUGGGGGAAGAUUGUCUAGUCGAUACCAAGAGCCAACAAAGGGGGUUAAGGUGGUAA